AUGACUUCACUGUAUACUUGUGCUAUUACCGGUGAACCUGCUGAAGUGCCAGUGGUUUCUCCUGUCUCGGGAAGGAUUUUUGAAAAACGCGUAAUUAUCAAAUAUCUGAAUGAGAAUGGUGAAGAUCCAAUAACGCAUGAAAAAUUAAGUCCAGAUCAGUUAAUCGAGUUGAAAGGCGAGUCGGAGAGUGCAGUACCUAGGACUAUAGCUGGGACAUCAAUUCCAUCUCUGUUAAAACUUUUACAAGAUGAAUGGGAUGCUUGCAUGUUGAAUAGUUUCGUACUUCGCGAACAACUUCAAACAGCAAGACAAGAAUUGUCACAUACGCUUUAUCAACAUGACGCAGCUUGCCGAGUAAUUGCUAGGUUGUCAAAAGAGCUUAGCGCAGCUCGAGAAGCUUUAUCGACUUUGAAGCCUCAUGCAACGGUUGAGCCUGUGAAGUCAGGUGGUGAUGAAUCUGCAAUGGAGACUGAAGAAGAUACGCAGGGCAUCAGUGAAGCCGUGAUUAAGAAGCUCUCUGAAAAGGCGGCGAUGCUGACAGCUGCUCGUAAACAGCGUGGGAAAAGUGUUCCUGAGUCACUGGCCAAACCUGACGUUAUUAAAACAUUUGUUGAACAGAAAUGUCAUACUGGUAUACACAGUACAAGUGCACCAGCUGUAACUGCUCUUGACGUUCAAGGAGAUCUGGUACUGACAGGGGGAGCUGACAAAACUAUUGUUCUCUUUGAUAGCAAAAAAGAAGAAGUUCAAUCGACAUUUAAGGGUCAUCAGAAGAAAAUAUCAGCUGUUAUCCUCCAUCCAACGGAAAAAAUUUGCUUAUCUGCUUCGUAUGAUGCACAAGUACGUGUAUGGCCUACCGAAGGUGAUACAUGCAAAUAUGUCAUUAAUAGUCAUGACGGUCCUGUAACAGAUAUAUCACUUCAUGCUACAGGCGAUUACGUCCUUUCGGUUUCCAGUGAUUCAUUUUGGGCACUGUCUGAUAUUCAUGUUGGGAAAACUCUUUGCAAGGUACAAUCAGAGGAGAAGAGUAAUGUUGAGAUAUGUUGCGGUCAGUUCCAUCCUGAUGGUUUGAUAUUUGGUACAGGAACUGCAGAUGCUGUCGUCAAAAUUUGGGAUUUGAAGGAACAGGCAAAUGUUGCGAACUUCCCAGGACAUCAGGGCGAGGCAGUCGCAUUUUCCGAAAAUGGUUAUUAUCUUGCUACUGGGGCGGACGACGGUGAAGUAAAAUUGUGGGAUCUGAGGAAGCUUAAAAGUUUCAAAAGUAUUACUAUUAACGAGGGAAAAUAUGCUAUCUCUGAUAUUGUUUUUGACCAGUCUGGAAGUUACUUAGCUGUAGCUGCAGCCGACGUGGAAGUAAUUCAUGUGAGACCUUGGGUGGUACUUGCUACUUUUACCGAUCAUAAAGAAGCAGCCACUGCAGUACGCUUUGGAGCAAAUGCUAACAGUAUAUUCUCAACCGGUUUGGAUCGUUCGUUGCGUGUAUAUGCAGCACCAUCGUAA